GCAGCGGUUACAUCAUCCUGUGGCGUGGCGGUGGCCGAUCGCUGCCCCUCCUUCGUGUGGCUCGGUAUUGUCUCAUUCUGCUCAUCCUGCUAGACGAGAUGAUGACUGUGGCUGGGCGCGCUCUAUUUUGGGUGCUGGUAAGUCAGUCCUUCCGGCUCCCUCUCCGUGAAGGGUAUCUCGGCUCCCAUCAUGUCCAAUACAAUAUUAGUAACCUGGUCAUACAGGAGCUCGAGGAGCAUGCCAUCUCCAUCGUCCAGAAUACCACCAUGUCGCACCUAGAUGUGUCCUGGAAAUUAGCAUCAGCAAUGAACAGGCAAUGAAGGGGCGAGAUGAUCCGGACACUACAAGGUAAAUUAACGAAAAGAAACCCAACUUUUCAAAUCUCCCAUAAACACACCGCGUUGAUUUAUGCUAUGCUAAAGCCUUUAUUGUAAAAAAAAAUAAAAAAAUUCGUGAUGGUUUUGCGUGACGCCGAGUUGCUUACAUCUUGCCCACCAAGUUGAGAGCUGGCCUGAGGGCUUGCCGGAAAAUUUCUUGUCGAUACCUACUUACGAA